CCAUAGAAAUUUCCAGCUAUAAACCUUCAUAAGCAAGGCACGAUUUCUGUUUCCAGAUCUACUUGCAUUGUUAAUCCUCAGCUCUCACACACACAAUUGAAGAAAUUGCUGUGAUUUCCACUGCUAGAAGAUCUACGUAGCGAUCGAUGGGGGGACUACCAUCGACGCCGCGAGGCGGCGAAGCGCGGCCGCAGGAGACGGCUGAGUAUUUAAUUGGGGAAUUCGUUGGUGAGAAGUCAUUUCCCCUCACUUCCGAUUACUGGCAGAAGCUUCUCGAGCUUCCUCUCGAUCUUCGCUGGCCUGCUCAUCGCGUUCGCCGAGCCUGUCAGCUCUUCGCCAUGAAUAAUUGUAAGACAAGGCACCUCGUGAAGAUUUUGAUUAACCUGGCAUGGUGUUUGCAAGAGUGUGUUUCAGCCUCUGAUAUGGAGUCCACUGCUCUCUCAAAAGCUCUUAAUGCAUUAUUCAUAUCUUCUGUUUUCCUGAAGUAUCUCAUUGAGAAUACUAGGAGUGACAACUUUGAAGAACUGUACCUGUCGCUGGAUGAAACUGAUCCUGUGCCGAAUAAUUUCUCAAAAGGUCAACAUGUUGGAAGCUUAAUCAUGUUCAGUGCUCUCAAUUUUAUUGGCAAAGUUGAUGUCAGACCUGGAACAUACCAUCUGCAUCAGGAGCUCCUUCACUUCAUAGUGAUAGCAUCGUCAACUCAACUUCUCUCUGGGCCAACACCAGGACCAAAUGAUAUACACCCAUUCAUUGAUGCAGCAAUGACACAGGAAAGCUCUUUGGUCAAUAUGGUCGUGCACAGGUUGUUGCUAAAUUACAUUACACGCCCACAGUUUUCUGUUAAUACUUCAUCUUCUAUACUAUUUUCGGAAGGAAAUCAGCCAGGAGUUCUAAGGAGAGUUAGCUCUGCAGCAGCAAGCUUGGUGCUGUUUCCCAUCAAUUAUUUAGUCAGCUCAACUGGUGAAGCCUCAAGACGUUCAUUAGCAGAAGACAGUCUUCAUGUCCUACUCAUUCUCAGUUAUUACCGAAAAUGUGUAUCAGUGGACUAUGCAAAGGAUAACAGUCUUAAUAACAGUUCAGAAUCUCUUCAAAAGGAAGAAACAUACUUUUCGGAAAACCCUUUCUGCAAAGCAUUACAGAAUGUCAUGGAUGUUGAAUUUGAUCGUGUUGAUGUUGAAGGGAAUGCACACAGUGAACCAGUCACGAGACUACCUUUUGCUUCACUUUUUGAUACUCUUGGAAUGAGCUUGGCUAAUGAAGCUUCUGUCUUGUUGCUUUAUUCGUUGGUGCACGGAAAUUCGAAGUUUUUGGAGUAUGUGUUGGUGCGAACAGAUGCUGAUACACUGUUAAUGCCUAUGUUGGAGACACUAUACAAUGCUUCGAACAGGACAUCAAAUCAUAUCUAUAUGGUCCUUGUUAUCUUUCUCAUACUAAGUCAAGAUUCCACUUUUAAUGCCAGCAUCCACAGACUGAUGCUUCCUAAUGUUCCCUGGUAUAAAGAGCGUAUCCUGAAUCAAACAUCACUUGGAUCUCUCAUGGUGGUUAUUUUAAUUAGAACUGUGAAAUACAAUCUCUCUAAGCUACGGGAUGUCUAUCUCCAUACAAACUGUCUUGCAACUUUGGCAAAUAUGGCACCACAUGUUUACAAACUGAGUGCGUAUGCAUCGCAGCGGUUGGUUAGCCUUUUUGAUAUGCUUUCACGCAAGUACAAUAAAUUAGCCGAGAUUACAAAUGAAAAGAUAAAUUCAGGAGAUGGUGCUCUAAGAGGAGACAGCCUUGCAGAGGAUCCUUCUGUUGAACUGCAUAUAUAUACUGAUUUCCUGAGGAUUGUGCUGGAAAUACUAAAUGCAAUCCUUACUUAUGCAUUGCCCCGGAAUCCCGAGGUUGUUUAUGCAAUUAUGCACAGGCAGGAAGUUUUUCUACCUUUCAAAACUCAUCCACGUUUUAAUGAACUGUUGGAAAACGUAUACAAUGUUUUGGAUUUCUUUAAUAGCCGCAUUGAUGCACAAAAAUUAGAUGGAGAGUGGUCGGUUGAAAAAGUGCUUCAACUCAUAAUAGACUACUCUCGUGCUUGGAGAGGUGAUGGAAUGAAGACAUUUACACAAUUACGUUUCACCUACGAACAAGAGAGUAACCCUGAGGAAUUCUUCAUUCCAUAUGUGUGGCAAAUGGUUCUAUCUCACAGUGGAUUUGCUUUUACUGCAAGCAGCAUAAACCUAUUCCCAGUGCCUGUCGAAGAUGUAAUUUCACCGGAGGCGGAGAAGCCCCAUACCGACGAGCUGAAGGAACACGCCCUCCAAGUUGACACACUUGUAUAGUCCAGUUUUAUAACUAGGCUCGAACAAACUUGUAUACAUGAAAAUUGUAGGAAUCUCAAUCCAUUGCUGUUUAUAUAAUCCCUUUGUAUAUAUCUUAUGUUUUUUGAAUACGGAUACCUCUAAUGCUAGCGAAUAAGAGAGAUCACCCCGUUUUGUACAAUGUACUACUCAUCCACAUUGUUCACAAAUGUUAUAUUUAUUUUUUCA